AUGGCCCUGGUGAACUAUACACUGCCGUUUGGCAGUAUUCAGGCACCGUCGUGGGCUUCCGCGACUCCCCUGCAGAAUCAGCAUGCGUCGGCUGUGAACAAUCUGCUGUACGGACCUGCCGGACACCAGGAGGAUGAUCAGGAUUUCUACAAGAACGCACCGUACGCCCCGCCCCAGCGCCAGGCGAAGCAGUCUCCUCAGCAGCAGCAGCAGACUCCACAGCACCAACAGCAACACUCGAUACAGUACAGGCAGACGCCCCGGAAUAACUACUUGCCUCCGCCGUCGCCUUACAUCCCACCGAGUGCCAGCUAUCCGCAGGCACCACCACAACCGCCGCAGGUUCAGCAGCCCCCUUCGGCGGGACGAACGUACGGCGAGGGUUCCUACUCGGAUGGUGCCGGUGGUGCGGGUUCCCCGAGCUCGAAACCACCCCAACAACCCCAGCAGCCCCAGCAGCCCCAGCAACCCCAGCAACCCCAGCAGCCCGCGUACUACGAGUACUCUUCCGGCAGUUACGCAACGCAGCCCGGGCGAGCCUUCGAGCAGGCGGCGAACCCGCAGCAGGGAACCAGCUACCGCAGCAAUACUCAGCCGGGCGGGCAACCGGGGCCGGCCCCCCGGUCUCCGAGCCAGGGAGCAGCACCGAGCUACCCGCAGAGACCUCCGUCGUACGCCAACGUCGGCGCGGUCGGUACCCACACGCAGAUACAUCCGGUGCUGGACUACGACGACGACGACGAUGAGUACUACGAUGACCCGGAGGAGGUGGUCGCUACGGUAGGCGGUGGGAUCUCAGACAAUCGGAAAAACUCUCGUAUGCCAACGGUCACACCGAUCCAGGGGCCCAUAUUUGUAAGGAAUGGAACAGUUCCUGUCGUGCCAUUAUUCGCGUAUCCUCAAGUCAGUAAUGGAACUUUCAUCCAAAUACCGAUAUGGUGGACAGCUUUAUCCGUAGCGCUCGGGCUCAGCAUUCAUGGAGAUGUCAUCAGAGGUGUUCCGUGCAUAAAGAAGUACCAUCAACUGUUCUGCCCGACGGCGGGCAAUACCUAUCCUAGUGACAAGAUUGAGAUGUUCAUCGACGAGAACAAAGCGCUAAUGAAGCGAAUGUACGGUGACUUCGAGAUGACGUCGCGGUUUCCCUCGUCCCCGGGCAGGAAGCGCAAAAGGAGCACGGGAGGUGGCGGCGGUGGUCCGGACGAUGAAGACUUCACCCUGCUGCCGGAGCUGAUGGAUCUGUACGGAGAGCCCGGGGGAGCGGUUCGUCUAGGCGGCGAUUCGUACUUCAGCACGUUGCGCAAGAAACGCCAGAAUCAGAACUCGAGUGCUCGGGGGAGUGGCGGUGGGCGAGGGGGCGCAGGGUCGGCCAAUGCACGCCAGACGGCCGCCCCAGCCAACGGCAACGGGGGCAGCGGGAGUGGAGAGUCCAAUACGGGCCGAGUCGAUGCCUGCGAGUCGAAGAUCGAAAUAGUGACGCCAUACUGGGCGACGAAUUCCGCCGGCAAGGUGCGUGCCAUCGUCAACACGCAGCACUUCGAGCAGGCGAUCCACCAGGAAGUGUGUUCGAAAACACAGACGAGCCGCUGCUCCGGCGACUGUGGCUGUGAGCAGAAGUACAAAUGGCACCGGUUGCUGGCGUACGAUCCGGACAACGACUGUAAGGGUAUCUUUAUGGACUGGUUCCUGUUUCCGUCGUGCUGCGUCUGCCGGUGUAAUCCUUAG